ACAAUCCGCCACGAAUGCCAUUUAUCUUCUACCGCCAAUCCCAUUUCAGUUGCCACCUCUUGUGAUAUCUCAACUCUUAAAUCCUUUAUCUAAACCAUAGUAAUACACAAGGUGUUUAGACAAUUUUCCUGGCAAAACAUGAAUUCCUCGGCUUUACCUUUGUUUUCUCCUGAGCUCGCAUGUCCUGCGAGUGAAUGCAUGCGAUACACGAAUGUCAACUUUCUUUUAUCCAGACCAUCGUUAAGGGUUUCUUGCUUGGUUAAGAAAGGUGGUGAUGUGGGGGCAUCCAAUGGCGAUGGAAAGAACAGCAACGCUUCGGUUUCUUUGCAAUCGAUGCAUAGCCACAAAGACGAGUCGUUUGAAAGAAAGAGAAGGAUGCAUGUGCCUCUACAAAAGACAGAUUUUGUGAGGACAUUGUUGAUCGACAACUAUGAUAGUUACACUUACAAUGUAUACCAGGAACUAUCUGUUAUUAAUGGUGUCCCGCCUGUGGUGAUCCGAAAUGAUGAGUGGACGUGGGAAGAACUUUGCCAUCACUUGUAUGAAGAAAAUGCUUUUGAUAACAUUGUAAUAUCACCUGGACCUGGUUCUCCGGCAUGCCCAGAAGAUAUAGGCAUUUGUCUUCAGGUGUUGCAAAAAUGCUGGGAUGUUCCUGUUCUUGGUGUUUGCCUAGGACACCAGGCAUUAGGUUAUGUGCAUGGAGCUCAAGUAGUCCAUGCAUCCGAACCAAUCCACGGUCGUUUGAGUGAAGUUGAGCACAAUGGCUGCCAGCUUUUUCGUGAUAUACCUUCUGGUAGAAAUUAUGGUUUCAAGGUGGUUCGAUAUCAUUCACUGGUUAUAGAUUCUGAAUCACUUCCUAAAGAGCUCAUUCCAACAGCAUGGACCUCUCCCACUAGCACACUUCCUUUUCAUGAAGCUCAAAAAGUUGAAAGCAUUUUCGAAGACCCUGUUUUAGUUAAAGUCGGAAAUGGAAGUUCAAACCAUUUUGAUUAUGGAAAUACUAGAAGUAAGAAAGUUCUUAUGGGGAUUCGACAUUCUUCAAGACCACACUAUGGUGUGCAGUUUCAUCCAGAAAGUGUUGCAACCUGCUACGGAAGUCAGAUAUUCAAAAAUUUUAGAGAGAUUACAGAGGAUUAUUGGCUGAGAUUUAGGUCAUCUUUCAAGGAAAAACGUGCAUAUUCUAAUGAUUUCAAAGAGGUUCGCAGUAGUAUGAGUGCAGAGAACAAUGCAGUGGACCAGUUAAAAAAAUUAGUUCAUGCAGAGAGAGAUUUGGAAUAUAAUAAAACUGAGAUGAAGCAUUUAGAAAUGUUGAACAUGGUAAAUACUCAUCAUGCAACCACCGGUGAUAAAUGUUUGAAGUUGAAAUGGAGGAAAUUUAGUCACUUGGCUGGUCAAGUUGGUGGAGCAAAAAAUAUAUUUUGUGAGUUGUUUGGACAUGAAACUGAAAACACCUUUUGGUUGGAUAGUUCCUCCACAGAGAAGGAAAGAGCACGCUUUUCAUUUAUGGGAGGAAAAGGAGGACGGCUUUGGAAGCAGUUAACGUUCAGAUUGUCUCAUCAAAGUGAUGGGAGUUCAAAAGGCGGUGGUUAUUUGUCAUUGGAAGAUUCUCAAGGUUCCGCAGAAACGAUAUUUUUGAAAGAAGGUUUUCUUGAUUUUCUGAACAAGGAGCUUUUAUCAUAUCGUUAUGAUGAAAAUGAAUAUGAAGGCCUACCAUUUGACUUUCACGGUGGAUAUGUUGGUUACAUCGGGUAUGACCUCAAAGUAGAAUGUGGUGUGAAAUCUAACCGUCACAAAUCUAAAACUCCAGAUGCAUGUUUUUUCUUUGCUGAUAAUCUCGUGGUCGUUGACCACAAAAAUGACGAUGUUUACAUAUUGGGUAUACACGAAGAAAAUUCAAGUGUUACACAGUGGUUGGACGACACAGAGGAGAAACUCCUGAGCUUAGACGGCUCUGUGAAAAUGGCUUCGGGAAAACGGGACUCUCAUUAUUCAACACUUUCCUCAAACAAGACUGGUUUUAGUGCUGAAAAAUCUAGAGAGCAGUACAUUGAGGAUGUUAAGGAGUGUCAAAACUACAUUAAAGAUGGAGAAAGCUAUGAACUGUGCCUCACAACUCAGAUGAAGAAGCCGAUUAAGGAAUUAAAUUCUCUUGGGCUGUAUCUGCAUUUGAGAGAAAGGAAUCCAGCACCAUAUGCUGCUUGGCUUAAUUUUUCAAAGGAGGACCUGUGCAUUUGUUGUUCUUCUCCCGAGAGGUUCCUGCAGUUGGAUAGGAAGAAUACACUAGAAGCUAAGCCAAUCAAGGGUACAAUAGCUCGUGGUGCUACCAAAGAGGAAGAUGAACAACUCAAAUUAAAAUUGCAGUUCAGCGAAAAGGAUCAGGCUGAAAACCUGAUGAUUGUAGACCUUCUAAGGAAUGACCUUGGUCGUGUAUGUGAUCCUGGUUCUGUUCAUGUGCCGCUUCUGAUGGAUGUGGAAUCAUAUGAAACUGUUCACACAAUGGUGAGUACAAUUCGUGGGAAGAAGCGUUCAGAUGUGAGUGCUGUAGAUUGUGUGAGAGCUGCAUUUCCCGGUGGAUCAAUGACAGGUGCACCUAAGUUAAGAUCAAUGGAAAUUAUUGAUUCUAUUGAGAGUAGUUCACGGGGUAUCUACUCAGGCUGUAUUGGAUUUUUCUCGUACAAUCAGACAUUUGAUCUGAAUAUUGUCAUAAGAACCGUCAUUCUCCAUGAAAGUGAAGCCUCAAUAGGGGCUGGAGGCGCAGUUAUUGCUCUGUCAAACCCUGAACAGGAGUAUGAAGAAAUGGUUUUGAAAACAGGAGCCCCAUCAAGGGCCGUGAUGCAUUUUGAUUAGAGCUCAAUCGGUCAAACAAUAGCCUUUUCUUUGUUGGUCAGAGGUCAGAGACAAUAAGAUUCAUUAUUAAGAUUCAUUACUAAGAUUCAUUUCAUCGUACUUAUCGUUGUAACAGUAUUUGUCGUAGCAAUAUUUGUGAGCAAUAUACAUGGAAGAUGAAUAAAACAUGUUAUGCUCAAAGUGCAUUAGUAUGUUGCUCAAUUAAUUAAGAGCCGUUAUUGGUGGCUGGAAAAGAAUUUGUUUGAUUCAGUCAUUUAGAGCUUACCUCAUGGCUUAUUAUUAGUGAAAAAGUGUAUGUCUACAUCCAAUCAAGCAUGGCACUGUUGACAGAAAAAUAUGUUGUUUAAGCAAUAUUAUCAAUCAUUUAGAGCUUGAUCUUAAAGCUGUGUGUAUAAAAAAGACCACGGGGAGAUAUGUUAUUUUAGU